AUGGUAGGGCGCUGCCUGGACGAGAUCGACUGGCACUACCACGAUAGCCAUUUGAUCUUUAUACUAUUGAUGUUGGGUCUGACGGUCCCUGCGUGCUGGUACAUCCCGCUUGGCGCGGCGACCUGCGGCUGGCUGGCGCUGGCGUAUGACUUCUACGUUCACGACUCUGCGGCGGGCUGGCGCGGCGACGAGUUCGUGGACGAGUGCUUCGCGACCGACCUGCGCCGCUGGGUCUCGCUGCGGCGCGAGCGCGGAUUAAGCGUCGGGGAAGGCGCCGUCGCAGGCGUUGUCGCAGGCGCCGUGCUCGUGGUUCCGGCUGCGUGCCCUAGCUCGUGGGCAGCUGCGUACAAAUCUUGGGCGGGCUUCGUUGCGGACUGGUGCGCGAGGGGAUUCCCCACGUUUUAUGUGGUAGGGCGAGGGCUGGACGAGAUCGUAUAUACCUACGACCUAGCAGAGGACUUGCCCUAUAGGAUUUUUUUGCUAUCCAUCUUGGGUCUCACCGUCCCUGCGUGCUGGUACAUCCCGCGUUGCGCGGUGACCUGCGGCGCGCUGGCGCUGGCGUAUGACUAUUACUUUCACGGCUUGUGUGAUGUCGACUCUCGCACGGAAGAGUGCUUCGCGACCGACCUGCGCCGCUGGGUGUCGCUGCGGCGCGAGCGCGGAUUAAGCAACAGGGAACUCGCCGUCGCGGGCGUCGCCUUGUGCCUCGCAGCGUUCGCGGCAGGCUACUGUGUGGUGGUUACGGCGGAGACCGCACAGGGCAUACGCGUCGCGGCCCUGAUCGCGGGCGGCGCGCCGCGGGCCGUCUGGGCGUGGGAGUGGCUCCGGUACGGCGCGAGGUGCAUUUUCGGGCUCAUGGGCACGGUGGGCUACUUCAUGUUAGGUGUAAACGAGCUGGCGUCUCAUGUCAGGGCAGAGUGGCGGGUGGCGGUCUACGCGGGUGGCCUGGCGCUCCUGGCGGCGCUUUGGUUCCACGCCUGGCACCUGAUCGUUGGUUUCGCGUGGAUCGUGAUGGCGUAUGUAGGGGUUUACGACGAGAGCGUGGAGAAUAGGAUUUGGAGCGGACGCACGAGGCGCGUCGGGAAGCUCUUUCUCGUGUUGGCGCUCGUAAUGGAGCCGGGCGCCGUCGCGGCCGCGGCCCGCGCAGAAUUCCUCGGCGAGAACGACGCACUUUCACCCGGCGGACUGGCGGAGAUGCUCGACCGUCCUCGGGGUCUUCUCCCCUACACCUGGCGCCGGUAUUCCGUGCGAGCUGCGCUCGUCGCGUGGGGCUUCCAAGGAAGCGUCGCGCGCAUCAGGCAUCCCAAGAUGAACGCCUGGUUCAUCGACGCCGGGUGCGCCCUGGCGAUCUACUUCGGCGGGCAGGCACUUAUGCAGCCCGGCGCCCUGUUCUACAUAUUCGGACAGUAUGCCGCGUGCCGCGCGCUCUUCGGGGGGAUCGUGCUCAAUGCCUCGAAGCGCUUCUUCUUCGGCGCGGGGCCGCGCGACGGCGCCUCCCGCACCUCGGAUGCCACCAAGUUCUCGUUGCUGUCGACCACCCUGGGAUACGUCGGCCUGGUCCUUCUGGCGGCGGUCUUCGCCUGGUACGAGCGGGGCCAGUUUGAGACGCUUAACAAGAAAGGCCUGGCGAUCGCGCUGAGCCUCCAGUGCGCUUCCAACUGCUUCAUGUUCCAUUGCAUCUUCACCGGCUACUGGGCGAUAUUUGACAAACUACUGUCCGAACGUCAAGCCUGGUUCCGCGCAUGCGCGACGCUCUGCGUGAUGUACGCGGACACGUUCUACACGGACGGCCAGGUGACGGUCUUGGUCCAAUCUUUCGGCGGCGGGCUCUUGUUCUGGCGCGGCCUCGGUAUGCUGACGGGUGCCCCACACGAAGCCGAAGGCAAAGCCGAAGGCAAAACCGCGUGGUGGUGGCUCGCCGGAGCCGUCCGCGACGGGAUCGGCGCCGUCGUCAACCGCGCGCUCGACUGCGUCAACCGCGCGCGCGACGGAGCCCGCGGCCGAGCCGACGACCAGGCCCGCCGCGCCGCCGACGAGGCGGCCGCCGAGCUCCUGCGCGACGAGGAGCGGCGCGAGCGACCCGGGCCGCGGCGGCGGCACGCGGCGGCGAAGCCCGAACCGGAGCCGGAGUCGGACUCGGACUCGGAGCAAGACUCGGACGACGAUGAAGAGGAACCGGUGGAUAUGGAGGAGUUCUCCCGGUGGAGAGUUGCUACAUCCCUACUGCAACAUGCCAUUUUGAACGCCCGCUUCCACGGCGUUGUAACGCCGGUCAGUCCCGAGGGGUGGCGCGCCAGGAUGCUAACCAUGCCGAUGGAGGUUCGUGAUAGUUUGCGAAGACCUUUGGGGUUCAGCGAAGACCAGGUUUCCGAGUGCCUGGAGUAUGUGCGUUCGCUGCCGCACAAGGAUUUCCGCCGGAUACUAGAGUUCGCGGAGAAGCAGGCGGACGAUAUGGCAGGACAAAUGCCGGAGUUCACGGAUCCGCCCCGAGACGACGGCGGCUCGUUCCAGCGCGCGAGCGAGGAGAAGCUACGGACGCGCCGCGUCGUCAAGGUGGCCGACCGCUUCCGCAGCGCCGAGGCCGAGGCCGGCGCCAGGGCCAAGGCCAAGGCCAUGGCCGCAGAAGCCGAGGCGAAGGCGGCCGAAACGGACCGGCUGCGCCGCGAGGCGGCUGACAGCUUUGCCCUCCCGGACCCCGCCGCGCGCACCGAGCCCUCGAAGAGGGAACUCGCGGCGAGGAAGUCGAAGGCGCGGGAGAAGGAGAAAGAGGAGAAGCUGCGGGCCAAGCGGAAACAGGCGGAGGAGCGCCGGCGCAAGCUGGCAGAGUGGGAAGCGGCCAAGCGCGAAGAGGCCGCGCGAGCAGAGGCCGAGCGCGCGCCCUCGCCGGACGACGACGAGGCGGAGACGGCGUCCGAGGCGUCUGUUGAGGCCAAGGCGAAAGCUGCUGAUCAGGCCGCCGCGGAGCUCCUCGCUGCCGAGGAAGCGGCCGAGGCGUCCGCCGCCGCGGCCAAGAAAAAAAAGAAAAAGAGGAGGGGGAAACGCGGCGGCGCUGCUCCGAUACCCACCGUCGACGCGCCGUCUGUCGAGGAGGCCGUCGCCGAGCCGACCAUCGACGAGCCGCAACAGCACGACGAAGUUGUCAUGCUGCUCCACCGCCUCGGCCUCGAGGAGCGCGUGGGUCCGGUCUUCGCGCGCGAACAGAUCGACGAGAACGCGCUGCCGUUCUUGACCGUCGAGGAUCUGGUUGAAGCGGGCGUCGCCGCCGCUGACGCGCGAAAAAUCGUCUCUACAGUGGAGUUCGAGGCGCGGCGCGCGGCGGGGACGGCCCUUGUGGCGGUACCGGACGCGGAACCGGCGGCGGAGCCGGCAGAUACUGCCGCGGAGGAGCCAGCGACUGCCGCGGAGGAUACACCGGCGGCGGGGUCCGUGGAUCUCCCCGAGCGACUCUGCUGUCCGAUCUCUCUCGAGUUGAUGGAGCGGCCGGUGAUUGCCGCGGACGGGCAUACCUAUGACCGGCGUAGCAUCGAGGACUGGCUUGCCCGCGGCAACACUACGUCGCCGACGACUGGCGCGCCGUUGGAGCACCUACACCUGGUGGACAACCACCUCGUGAAAUCUAUGGUGGCCGAGUACGUCGACACCGGGCGAUACAAUGCCCCGUUUUAAGUUUGUUGUUCACAUA